GGAAGCAGCUUCCUGGACGCCUAAAAUGUCGGCUCAGGUGACACACUGCAAACUUGUGUGUGCGGCGUCACCAUGGUGACGCUCCGUGGUCGAGGUUCAGCGGUCACGCAGCAGCAGCAGAGGCCGACCGUGAGCAUCGAAUCCCGGCCACCGGAGCCUCCAGUGACCCGGAGCAGAGCCACCGUGAUGAAGGUACCCGACCCGUCCAAUGGAUUCAACAAUGAUGACGAGAAUCACGCUGACACAGAAACACAGAAGGAUGGCAGUCGGAAAUCAGCCAGAAACAGGAACUCUCAGUGGCUUCGAAAAAACGCAGGUGGAAGGACCAGCAGGAGCAGCGGGCUGAGGAGGAGCACCAGGCCGACCAAACCGACCAGCAGAUAUCAGGCUCCCAACAUGUUUGACGGCAUCAGCGACAACUCGUCGAGGUCGGUCAUCAAGACGAUGGACAACAUGAAGAGCAAGAGGCGGCUCAGCAACAACAAAGAAGGAAAGAUCUACUCCAAAGCCCAGAGGAGUAGAACGCCUGUGCCACCGCUGAGAGAGGCCAGCGACAGCGAGGAGGAGAACAGCACGGUCGACGACGACGACAGCAGACAGGAAGCUGCCGCAGACGACGACAGCAACAGCAGCGUCAACGAGAACUUUGACGCCAAACUGAGCCGAGCCUCGUCGCUCUACCAGGGACCCACCAGCGAGUUCCCAAAAGGAACGUUACGGAUCAGCGCCUCCGGACCAAACAUGACCCGCAGAGGAGCCUACAGACCAACUAAGACUGUGUGGUCGAGUCAGUCCGAGGAAGACUCUGAUGAUGAAGAUCAGAACGAUGGAAAAGGCUCCGGCAGCUGUCGCCCGCUUGGUGAUCUUCUGGGGACUCGCAGAGAGAAAAUGAACGCAGGAGCGGGUCUGGCCGACAUCGACCCCAUGGCCAUCGACCACUCUGUGGGCUUCGACAGUAUCGGAGGACUGUCGGGUCACAUCUCCGCUCUGAAGGAGAUGGUCGUCUUCCCGCUUCUCUAUCCCGAAGUGUUUGAUAACUUUAAGAUCCAGCCUCCCAGAGGUUGCCUGUUUUACGGUCCUCCCGGGACGGGGAAGACGCUGGUCGCCCGGGCGCUGGCCAACGAGUGUAGCCAUGGCAACAGGAAGGUGUCUUUCUUCAUGAGGAAGGGCGCCGACUGCCUCAGCAAAUGGGUGGGCGAGUCGGAGCGGCAGCUGCGGCUGCUGUUUGAGCAGGCGUAUCAGAUGCGUCCGUCCAUCAUCUUCUUUGACGAGAUCGACGGUCUGGCUCCGGUCCGAUCCAGCAGACAGGACCAGAUACACAGCUCCAUCGUGUCCACGCUCCUGGCUCUGAUGGACGGUUUGGACAGUCGAGGUGAAGUCGUGGUGAUCGGAGCGACGAACCGGCUGGACUCCAUCGACCCGGCGCUGCGGAGGCCCGGACGCUUCGACAGGGAGUUCCUGUUCGGCCUGCCGGACAGAGAGUCCCGUAAAGAGAUCCUGAAGAUUCACACCAGGCAGUGGAAACCUCCUCCAGCUGAAGAUUUCCUGGAUGAACUCGCUGAGAGAUGUGUUGGUUACUGUGGCGCUGACAUCAGGGCGGUGUGCACGGAGGCGGCUCUGUGCGCUCUGCGUCGCCGCUACCCUCAGAUCUACGGGACGUCCCAGAAGCUCCUGCUGGACGUCUCCUCCAUCGCCGUCAGCAGCUGCGACUUUGCGGCGGCCAUGAAGAAGAUGUCUCCGGCCUCGCAGCGCUCCGCCGCCACGCCCGCCAAACCCCUGUCGCCCGUCGCCCACCCGCUGCUGGGUGCCGCCCUGCACCAAAUCCUGCAGGCGCUGCAGAGGCUGUUCCCCCACGCUGAGCAGGGGAUGAAGAGGAAGAGGGAGCCAGAUCUGACCUCCGGUAUCCUUGACGACGGCCUGAUGUACGGUGGAGAGGAAGGAUCCAGCACAACCAGCAUCUCCACGCCUUCCACCUCUAAAGGAAAGAACUUCCUGCACUUUGCCGGGAGUGCGGUCAAACAGCCGAUGUCUCACCGUCCCCGGAUGCUCCUGGCCGGUUGCCCCGGUGCCGGUCAGACGUCCCACCUGGCCCCCGCUGUGCUGCACACGCUUGAGCGCUUCACCGUCCACAGUCUCGACUCUGCGGUGCUGUUUGGUGUCAGCAGCACAUCGCCGGAGGAAGCAUGCUCCCAGGUGUUCUGCGAGGCUAAGCGGACGUCUCCCAGCAUCCUCUACGUCCCCCACAUCCAGCAGUGGUGGGAGGCGGCAGGCCCGGCGCUGAGGGCUUCUUUCCUCAGCCUGCUCACCAGCAUCCCGUCCUUCUCCCCCAUCCUCCUCCUCGCCACCUGCAGCGUCCCCUUCCAACAGCUGGAUAUAGAGGUUCAGUGUCUGUUUCGGGAGGAGUACGGCGAAGUUUACACCGUCAGCGUUCCCACCCGUCAGGAGAGGACCAACUUCUUCCAGGACCUCGUUCUGAACCAGGCGGCCGAAGCUCCGCCCCCCAAAAAAACUGCAUUGUCUCAGGCCAUGGAGAUCCUCCCAGUCGCCCCCCCUCCUCCCCCCCGCCAGCUGUCUGAGCAGGAGCGCCUCCAUCUGGAGGAGCAGGAGGAGGACGUGCUGCGGGAGCUGCGCCUCUUCCUGCGCAACGUCACCGAGCGUCUCUCCCUGGACCGCCGCUUCAAGGCCUUCACCAAGCCGGUCGACAUAGAGGAGGUCCCAGACUACCUGUUGGUGGUCAGGAAGCCCAUGGAUCUGUCCACGCUGCUGUCCAACAUCGACGAGCAGAAGUACGUCACCGUCAGCGAGUUCAUGUCGGACGCCGACCUCAUCUGGAGGAACGCCCUGGAGUACAACCCCGACAGCGACCCCAUGGACCGCCACAUUCGCCACCGUGCGUGUGCGCUGAAGGACACGGUUCGCGCCAUCAUCAGAGACGAGCUGGACGAGGACUUUGAGAGAAUCUGUGAGGAGGUCAAAGAGUCGCGCUUCAGGAGAGCUUCGUCCUACAGGGCUGACUCAGAGGAGGCCGGCGGCGUCUACGGCUUCAACGGGAACACUCGACGUUCACCUCGUAAGAAAAAGAGUUACAAAAAGCCCCGAAAAACCAAAUGGAGCACCGGCGUCAUUAAGAAACCCAAGAAGAAGAAGCAACCCGUCCCCUCGUCGUCUUCCUCCUCCUCCACGUCCAGCAGGGGCGUCUCCGAAUGCCACGAAAACGGGAUAGCUGAAAUCAAAGCGGUGAAUGGCUUCGGUCAUCUGAGCUCCUCCGCUACGUCGGAGAGCAGCGACAGCGAGCACAGCCACCACACGGCCGCCAUGAACGGCCACGGUGAAGCGCCACACUUCCCCGGAGCCCUGACGAACGGGUACCACCAUCCCGAGUCACGUCACGACCCUCAGACAGUUGACGGCAACCUCACGAGGGUCUUUGAUCUCAAGCGUGUAACUCGGGCCACGAAGGCUCCCCCCGACCCAAAGACGAUGGUGAACGGGAAUGGUUUGAGCCACUUAGAGAGACGUAACGGGAAUGAGAAGAGAUCCAACGACGCCGGCUUGGAGCAGCUGCAGCAACCCGAGAAGAGCAAAACUGUGAAGAUCCCCGAAGAGGAAACAACGCCGCUCGUAGUCGAUCACCAAAAACUGAAGGAACUGCUGAGUCGAGCCGUGUCCAAGACGGAUCGAGCUGAGGUGGACUCGCUGGAGAAGCUCUACGCAGUGCUGGCUCAGUGCAUCUACAGACACCGCAGCAACUACAACAAGACGCAGCUCAUCCAGGAAAUGAAGAAAGAAAUCGACAGUUUCUCCUGAUCUACCGUACCGAGUCUCUUUUUAAUAAAACCUCAGUGCAUCCCAAUCUGAAGUCGCUUAUUCUUCAUUUUGUUUUUACAUUUUGAUAAGUUCAUAAAACACAUCAUG